AUGGCUCCAGCCACUCGCAGAGAGGCUCGCCUCAGCGCGAGCCUCCAGGAGCAGGCCAACGGCCAAGCGGGUGACCCGAACAACCUCUCCCAGGAUGGCCGGAGCGGCAGCAACGGUUCAAAGACCGCCAACGCGGCACUCAUCUUCCCCAAUGUGGAGCACAUCCUGGAAAACUUUGAAGCCUUCAAGCGGAAGCACAUUGCGCAAAACCGCGAAAUCAUCAAGACGAAUGCGCUUGCCCAGAUGCGCAUCCGCGAGCUCGAGAACAAGAUCGAAACGCUCGAGACGGAGCGCGAGGCGCAAGCGCUGUCGUCGGUCGAGCUCAGGGCCAAGCUCAGUCAGCUCGAGCACGUCGUGGCCUGCGUGCAGACGGGCUGGGGUGUCAUUGGCCAGAGCCUGGGACGCCUCGACGGACGGCUGGCACCUACGGCCCCGGACCCGGCCCGCUACGAAGGGCUCGGGCUGGACCUGGCCAUGGUGGGCCCGGAACCGCAGCUGCGUGCCAGCAACCGCAUUACGCUCGAUCCGUCGGCGCUGCCCGCUGGCGUGGUGAGGUCGGUAGCCAGGGCCCCCGAAGCGCACCUGCUGGAUGUCAUGGAGGAUGACGAGGACCAGACGCACCGCCAUGUCGCUGCCUCCACCAGCAGAGCUGCCUACACGCCCUCACACCCGGUCGCCCACUCGCAGCAUUCCGACUGGCCGCUGAACCGCCAGGAUACGCCAAUGCUCAGCGGCGGCAGCAGUUUCGGGGUCAGCGACGACCACCCCGGCUUCCACAUGAUCGAGAGCCAUUCGCUCUUUGACGACGGCGGCCCGCCCAGCCCGAUGAGCAGCCCCGGCCUUCCGAUGGACCUCGAGCAUGCCAUCGCUGUGGCAUCGCGUGACGGCUCGACGCCCGAAUGGAGGCCCAAUCCGCCCCAGUUCUCGAGUGACGGCGACGAUGGCGAUGGCGUAAGCCCGUCCAUGAGCACGAUCGAUCACGUCGACGCGGGUAUCCGCGAGGCGCUCCUUGCGCAGCACGAAGGGCGCGGUCAGGCAGUACGGCGGACGGCGAGGCGCUCCAGCCGGCGUCAAAGCGGACUCCUUUCGCCGCCCAUGCUCACAGACGACAAGGAGGCCACGGACGGCGACUACUACCGCAAAGCCGAUCGCGGCGUCGAUGAGGAGCACGGAGAUUCCAGCGCUUCAGCCGCAGCUGGCAACGGGCAGCCUGCCCGGGAUCAAGGAGGUGAUGGCGACAGUACCAUCGUCUCGCCGCCCCUGCCACUGGAUCAGCGGGCCAUUUCGGGCCCGAUCCUGUCUGCGGGCCUGAUGACGACCUCUUCGAUUCUGCGCGAAGUGACCAACGGUGUCAAGCACACCGACUCGAGGAAAGAGGCCGAGGCCGACACCAAGAAUGGUCUGCUGCAGCCGACACCACGCAGGGCCAGGAGGCAGAAGAUGGAACCCGACCUAGUGGCCAAGAAGGCGAGCAUCGAAGACCUGAGAUCGAGGGAGCCCUCGACGCCCGGCGGUGUCAAGCGGAAGAUGGCGUCGCACGACGCCGACAUCUGCCAGACGCCGACGUCGCACAAGGCGCCUGCGUCGCCAUCCGGCGCCUCGGACACCUCGGUCAGCCACGCCGCCAUGGCUUCGGAGGCGGAUGCGACGUUCGGGCGAGCCCGCCGGACGCGCAAGAGCGUCAACUAUGCGCUGCCCAAGCUCAACACCAAGAUGCGCAAGCCGGACCCCGUCGACCUGAUCCCGGCGACGCCCGGAUCGAGCGCAGCGGCCUCACGCAAUGCUACGCCGUCGUCAACUACGGCGUCGAGGUCGAGCCGCAGGGUGGGCAGCACUGGCAAUCUUCAUGACCUUCGCCGGCAGCGCGAGGCGGCCGCGUCGAGGAGCACGGACGAGCACUCUGCCGAGGACGGCGAUGACGGGCAUUCGGCCAUGAAGCGCAGCGAUCCAGACGACGAAGACGGCAAUGCUGAAGGUGGCAGCGCCAGCCUGGCCGAUCUGUUCGAAACAAACCCGCCGCGAGGGUCCCGAACCGCACGGAAACGGACACCGCAACAGGCGGCCAGCGAUUCCGAAUCGGCGGGCUCGACCAGGCGCUUCUGGCGGACCGAGUCCAAUACCGACACCUCGGACGACGAGUCGCGGGCGAUGAGCGUCAGCGAUGUCGGCGACAUCGAGGACCUCGAGGGCGCCAUGAGCGCGUUGAGCACGCUCGAGGACCACGGCGGCGACGACAAGGACGCCGAUUACCAGCCAAGCGGGUCCGGCGGCGUCACCAAGUCGGACUCGUCUGGAAGCAUGCAGUCAUCUUCAUCAACCGACGGCAUCGGCGACGGCCGACGGCCAUCACUGCGCCGUCGCUCGACCGCGAUACCGCCGAGGGCCACGACCGGUUCCGAUGUGACGACAAACUCGCUCGGGCUGGUGACGUCUAGCAGCUCCGAGUCUAUCGCGGCUGCGGAGGGCGCGGGACGUGGAGCGGCGAUCGGCCCACUUCGUGCAGGCGAUGCGAGCGGGCGAAGCCCGUCGAGCGCCAUUCCCGAUACGACCUCGAACGCGACGCCGACGCAGCCAUCGAGCUCGACCCUGGGCACCUUGUCGGAUGCCGUCGGCGUUGUCGGCACCGCCAACAAGGCUGCGCCGACCAGGACCAUUACCACCCGGCGCUCGUCGGCGGCGCGGCUCACUGCAGUGACGAGACCCAGCGAAAGGCCAAAGAGCGCUGGCAACGGGGCAUCGAGGACCAAUGGAUCCAGCUCCAGCCUUUCGGCGCCGCCCAGCUCCUCCUCGCCGACAAGUGGGUCUGGUCCCUCGAGCCUAGGCCGGGCGAGCGGAAACCCGACGGCGGGCUUGCAGCGAGGUGGCCUGCACGCGGCCCUGACCAACCAGCCCCGCUCUGCGGGUGCGACGGGAAGCAGCAGCGGGGGUGGCUCGACGCCUCAAAUGGGCACCCAAGCUCUGCCAUCGAGCAACAGCCCGAUCAUGCGGGCCUCGCCGCUCCUGGGAGGUGGCAAGACGUUAAGACCAUCGGCGUCGACAAGCAGCCUGGCGACGGCGACGACGAGCUCUGGCCGAUCGAGUCCGGCCCUGUCGAUCUCGUCGACCAAUAGCUCUGGCAGCCACGCCUCGGCCGCCGUCCGAGCCACAUCGACGUCGAGCACCUCUGCGCUGGCGAGAACAACGACGACAAAGCAGGCGACGAUGGCUGCCGCCGCCGCUGCCGCUGCGGCAGCAACAUCAACAUCGACGGCACCACCGGCAGCAUCCAGCUUGGCAUCAGCUGCGUCGAGCCAGUCCGCACGGGCAGCGACAUCGACCAAGCCGGCGCCGCACCCAUCUCGGUCGAUGCCGAGCCUCAAGCGGGCCGCUGCGAGCGAUGCAACGCCGCGACCGGGUACGCGGGUCGUCUCUGCUACGCAGUCCGGACGCACGCUCUCAUCGGGUCCUGCUUCGUCUUCGACAACGUCCUCGACCAUCGCCGCCACGACGCCCGCUCAGGCCUCGACGCCGUCGUCGCUCCCAUCGUCGUCGUCUGCGCCUCGCAUCACUGUGCGCUCGACGCCCUCGACUUCGUCGAUGGGCUCGGAGCGUUCGACAGCCAGCAGCACGGCCACGAUCCGGCCAGCGACGAGCGGUCAGACCGCGAGCUGA